AUGCCUGCAGUGUAUUUGCCUCGCGUCCAGCUGCCACCUCUGCGGAUGUCCUGCAACGGCCUGCGCGGUCUCGCCAGGUUUCCAAGCUUUACAAGCUUAUUGCCGAGUCUCACCCAGCAUCCAAAGACGAUGAUGAAGGCUGAGCUCAUUGGCUUUAUGGAAGAGGUGUACACCGCCCGCUACAACCAGGACCUCCUGCAAGUGCAGCAGCAAGCUGAGGCAGAGGCAAAUGGUGGGAAGAACAAGAAGAAGUUGCCCAGCGACCUUACGAGCUUCCCCCAGUCCGUGGUCACUUCCGCGGGCAAACGCUUCGGGUUGCGGCAGAUGGUGGGCCAAACUUGUUGGAGCUUGGCGAAGAGCGUGGAGCAGUACCGCUCAGAGCACCAGGGCAUCGAGAUGUUCGCUCGCUUCCUGGAGGAGUCCCACGAUGCAGUGGAUGUCCUUUUCUACUUGGAGAUGCGAUGGGCAGCGCGCCAGAUAAUGAUGCCGCGGGGCAACUGGUGCCGAGCAUGGGCAAAGACGCCGAAGGUUUUCAGCCCUCAGCCCAGACUCGCCCAGGUGGAGCCCCAGGGAGCCGUGUCCAAGACCUUCCCGCCCAGCACACGGCCGGAGCUGCCUUUAAAGAAGGCCAUGGCUGCUGUGCGUGAGGGCAUUGACCCUGAGGCACCAGAGGUGCUCAAGGCCAGCAUCAUCAGCAGGUUGAAGGAGGAUGCAGGCGAUGCUGCUGUGAUCACCUGGGACCGCUUCCUCUUUAUUUGCACGCAGGAAUAUCGCAAGGCUCGCUGCAUCAGCUCCCAGAAGAAGGUGCUGCGCAAGGACAGCGAGGCCGCAGAGUUUGCCCGACUCAUCCAAGAGACCUGGGAGAUGAGCGUGGAGGAGGCAUUCUCGAAGUUCGAUCAGGACAACAGUGGCAUCGUCACCUACGAGACCUUCACGCAGAUUGCCAAUGAUGAGUUGGGCUUCGAUGCGAGCGGCCUGUGGCAACAGCUGGACCCUGAGCAGAACGGGACCAUCGGCAUCGGGGAAUGGGAGCUGCUGAAUACCUUGCCAAGCGCCGAUCCUGCCCAGGAGGAGCUGUGGCCUCCGGGCUUCUCGGAGCUUUCGCUGGAGGACCGGGAGGCGCUGAUGCAGGAGGCCCAAGAGGUAGCUUCCCGCCUCGCUGUGUCUCUGUCGGAGCACGGGGAGAACCUGAGCAACCAGGAGGUGAUGGGCUGGGCCUUGCGCACCGUGCUGAAGCGGAGGGGCAAGCUGGGCCCGGAACGUUCUCCCAGCACCCCAGGCUUGGGACGGAAGAAGUUUGAGGCCUCGCACUCCUAUGCUUUGAGUCUGGACGAGAUGGGGCAAGCCUGGACAGAGCUCCGCCAAGCGCAGUCCGGGGAAGGAGCUGAGCAGAGUGAUUUGGAGGGCAUUGUGCGCGACAACCUGGCAGCAGCCACCGAUGCUUUGGUUGAUGAGGCCCUCCAAGAAGUGGGUGUGACUGAUGACGGCGUCAAGGAGGCGCUUUUGGAGGAGUUCAUGGUGGUCACGGAUGCGCUAAUGGAAGCCGUGGUCACUGGGGACAUGGCACGCUGGCUGCAGCAGCUGAACAUCGAGAGCCCAGGUUCCGAAGAUUUGCAGCAGCAGUUCCAGGAUUUGACCAUGUCGUUUGAGAACCUUCUGAGUGCGACGGACGAGGAGUCGGUGGCGAGCGUCUGCCGCUCCGUGGUGGCAGCCCACGAGCUGCGGGUGAUGUGCUGCCAACGCGCCCAGGACCUCCUGGAGGACACUGGCGUCAAUCCUGUGCCCGAUACUCCCGACUUCGCAGAGGCCGACGUGGCCGAGGCCGAAACGGCGCCAGAGCCGCUGGAGGCCGAGGAGUCCAUGGCUGAGGCGGAUGCCCUGGAGAUCGAGGACGCCUUCUGAGCACUAGUGACGGAGCUAGCGAGCAAAGGCAGAGACAUGGACUGGUGUUUCUAGGGGUAACUUCCAUUUCCAUUCUUUCCAGGGAUCCUUCUCUCAAUUUUGG